AUGGAAUACUGCUCUCACCUCUGGGCUGGAGCACCCCAAUAUCAGCUGCUUCCAUUUGACCGCCUUCAACGUCGAGCCUCUCGAAUCGUCGACCGACCCGAGCUCACCGAUCGGCUGGAUCCGCUUGCACUGCGGCGUGAUGUCGCAUCACUGUGCAUAUUCUACCGGAUAUACAAUGGAGAGUGUUCUGAUGAACUUUUUGGAUUGGUACCAGCUGCGAAAUUCCACAACCGCACUGCACGACACAAGCUUAAAUACCAUCCACACCACCUGGAUGCGUGGCGUUCGUCUACAGUGCGAUUCUCGCGACACUUCUUGCCGAGAACCACGCUGUUGUGGAACAAGUUACCUGCUUCUGUGUUUCCUAAAAACUUUGACAUGGGCACCUUCAAGAAGAAAGCCUACACAUACCUGAAAGGCCAGCAAAACGUUCGUAAAGUCUCCGACAGUGCGAACGCUCAUGGGCGGCGACGAACUUCCAGAAAGUGA